ACCGUCUGGGUGGACGUGUAAGCUGUGAUCGGCAACAGCAGCGGCUGAACCACGACAAAGCGGGGUGGAAAGGCCGACAAAAGACGCGCGCCGGCUAUUCAAGAUGAAACAAGCAGCAAGGGCCAACAGCGCGCGGAAUCGGUGGGGGCGGAUUUGAGGCGAUGGAGACGCAGCAGGUACAAUCCGAGGGCAGGAACGGAGGCGAUCAAAAGGACGAAUUCGCGGAGAUGCUGGAGGUGGUGGUGGUGUCGGUGAUGAUGAAGUGUGGUGGUGAUGCUGGUGGAGGAGAGGGAGGAGGAGGGACGUCAGACAGAGAAUGGAGUAGAGGUGAAGAAGGAAGACCAAGAAAUUCCGAAUUUGUUUGGUGAUGUGAUGUGCUGUGCAGGUGAGCGGUGGUGGUGGUGC